AAACUCAAAUUGCUUACAGUGAGAACUGUAAAUGAACCCAAAACCAUGUCAACUGCUUAGCUGAGCAUUAAAACUAAACAGAUCUACUUAAUGUACAGUGUCUAAUUAUUUCUGCGUAAUUAAAGCAGUUAGAAUUAAUUAUAAACAAGAGCUGGCGCGGCGAGCUUUAUGACGGUCGCAACUAUAAAAGCGUCAAGCUUCGGUGAGAAGAGCCUCAGUUUCUUCUUGGCAUUUGAAUUUAAGUUCAGCUUGGAGUAUGACAGUGAACUUUGUUGUAUUAUACAACUGUCUGGUGCGAGGUCUCUUUGUGCCACCCAUGGGAUAUUCUUACGAUCAGGGAUUAGGUCAAGGCGCGGAGCAGGCCGGUGUGGAUAAUCCCUCGUCCAGCUCAUCGAUUCAACUGUUUUCCUGUCUAUAUGGCGUUCGUGAAUUACCUGGCGGCUUAAACGUCGAAGCGGAUCGUCGAGUUUCUUUUCUCACUGUGGAUGACCCUAAUCAAAACUUGCUCGAAGUCAAUAAUCAACUGGGCGCCGUCUAUCCGAACAGUCUGGAAGUACCCAACUCUUUGACGGAUGCCGAACUUCUCUCAGUAUAUCAGUAUAGCACCCCAGGAACACCUACUCAGCCGCCCCCAACCGCCAUGAGGGCGGACAAACGCAACUGCCACAUUAUUAAAUGCCCCAAGUUUUCGGAAUCCGUAUACGGCAGCGACGGCGGCACCUGUUACGAGUUCUCCAAUCAGUGCUUCAUGGCCGUUGCCAGCUGCAAGCGCCACAAUAAUCGACUGCCGCGUCUCAAGGAAGUCACUAAGAAGCACUGCGAAAAACAUCUGAAUCGAGUUGUUAUAUAAGGCUCUCGAAGCGGA